UCCUUGACUGUAGAGCUCAGUGUUCUGGCAGCGCAGAGAGGACGCCUUCUUUCAAAUGCGGUGUACAUAAAUUGAAGAUAAACUUUGAGAUUUAUCAGAAGGACCAUGAGCCGUGGAUCGAAAUCUAAAACGGAUGGCGCCCGGAGCUCUCUGCUGAGCCCGCAGGAGAAUGAGAAGUUGGAGGAGCUGCUGGGCAGAAGGUGUGCUUCCGUAGCCACUGCAGUAGCCCAGCUGUUCAUGGCUCUGCCUCACAGCCCGUCCAUGUGGAGCCUGCAGCACAGUGGAGUGGUGUGCUUUGUCAAAGACAACCCUCAGCGCUCAUACUUCAUUCGAAUGUAUGAUUUGAAGACAGGGAGGCAGGUGUGGGAGCAGGAGCUCUACAACCAGAUUGUUUACUCCUCGCCACUGCCGUACUUUCACACCUUCACUGCGGAUGACUGUCAGGUCGGACUGAACUUCUCUGCACAACAGGAAGCAGAAAACUUUCAAAAUGCUGUCGAGGAUAAGAUCAACCAGAGGAACACCCGUCAAGAUAAGAAACAGCGCCCCCCGCCGCCUAGUGAUAGAAGUUCCUUGCCUCGAGUCCCACCUGAAAAAGCGUCAUCUGGCAGCCCUGGUUCUUUUCACAUGGCCACAGUGGACAUCCAGAACCCAGACAUCCAUACUUCACGCUACCGCUCGAUGCCUUCACCUGUUACUCCCUCAGCUCUGUCAAGCAAAGGAAAGAAGGAUAAGAAGAAAGGGAAAAAGGCGCCCAAACUCUCUAAAGCAGAUAUAGGAGCACCCAGUGGGUUUAAGCAUGUUUCUCACGUCGGCUGGGAUCCCAACAACAUUGACCCUGAUCUGAUGAAUCUGCUCUCCCAGGCUGGGAUCGGUGAAGAUGAGCUGAAGGAUGAAAAGACCUCCCAGCUCAUCUAUAACGUCAUCGAGCAGUCUGGAGGCAUGGAGGCUGUCAAGAGGGAAGUGAACAGAGCUGGUGGUGCUCCACCACCUCCACCUGGCAGACAAGGGCCUCUGCCUCCUGUGCCGGGCUCCGCUCCAACCCCCCCACCUUCACGAGGCCGCGCUGGCCCCCUGCCUCCUCUCCCGGGCCAGUCACCGCGAGGAGCCACGCCCCCUCAGCCACCUCCUGCACGUGAAAGCCUGCCACCUCCACCUCCUUCAUCAAACAGAGUCGGUCCACCACCACCGCCACCAGCACAUGCAAUGGCACCGCCACCUUCAAGGUCCUCUCAUAUGUCCUCCCACAACCCGCCUCCUCCCCCACCGCCAUCCAGUUCACAGCGCUCCAUGGGUUUCCCACCUCCUGUCCCAUCUACACCCAGCAGAGGAGUUGGUGGUGGAGGACCUCCACCUCCUCCUCCUCCUCCUCCUCCUCCACCCCCUCCACCUUCAUCAAAUUUCCCACCUCCUCCUCCUCCUAUUUCUGGUGGUGCUCUACCACCACCUCUCCCUGCAUCUGGAGGAGGAGGAGGAGGAGGAGGAGGUGGAGGUGGAGGCGGAGGAGAAAGCAGAGGAGCGCUGCUGGAUCAGAUCCGACUGGGAAUGAAGCUCAGAAAUGUGGUAGACAGUCCUGAUGCAGCUCCACCAGCACCAUCAGAUUCAGGCGAGGGCAUCGUCGGUGCUCUCAUGAUGGUCAUGCAGAAGAGGAGCAAAGUCAUCCAUUCUUCUGAUGAAAGUGAAGACGAAGGCGGAGAUGAAGAUGAUGAUGACGAUGAAUGGGAUGACUGAUAUUGAAGUUCUUGUUUUUGUAGAUUAUAUAAACCUCUGCAUUGUAAUACGGGUACGUGUUUGACUUCAGGUUUAAUACUUGAUAAUAAAACUGGAAUAUGAUUUACUGUGAGGUGAUUACAUGAACGAAGGACUUGAAAGUGAAAGAAAACAAGUUUAAGAGAAUUCUGAAAUGUUUUAUAUAUUUGUUUGAACAUUUCCAGUGUAGGUUCAUCAGCAUGACAGCACUGUGUUACUCACAAUGACGGUGAAUGGUGGCUCUGACUGGAAAAUAAAUCUUGUUUGUUACGCUUCCACAAAAAAAAGAGCCAUUUUUAAAAAACUGUAAAUACAGCAUAUGACAAAACACCAACGAUCAAUACUAAAUCUGAGCCAGUUCCAUUCCCAUUUUUAUAAUAACAUACUGUACAUAAAAAAGAAAUUAUGUUCCUGUUUCAUUUUCUCAUACAUCUGUGCAAAGAACCCAAAUUUCCCUCGAAUACCACCACCGGCAAAGUGCAUAACUGGAAGAACACUGUAUGCUAUGCAUAUCUUCAACACUCACAUACUGCAGGUCACUAGAGCACAGGACAGUACGGGAGUCAUUAUAUGACAACAUCCAAUGGAAUUAGCUUAACAGAAUACAUUACACCAUACAAACAUCAUUACACACCACGGAAAAUGUACAACUUGCAACAAAUAACCACAGAUAUGCAUGCAACAUAUGCACUUAUAUCAUCAUAUUAUCUUCAUACAAUACAAGAGUAAUCCAAUGACCAUAUAUAUUAUAUUCACAAUCAAUAUAUUACAUUUCUGUUUCAAGGUACUUGACAGUACCAUACCUGUGGUUUUGCCUGUUGAAGCCUGUUAUUAACUACAUGCUGUAUAUACUUUACAUCACAUUGGUGUUGUUGGUGCAUUCAAGGACAAUCCAAAAUUUAGGAGCCGGCUGCCGAAAAAACUUGGAAAAUCAACCCUAAAAGACAUUUUUUUAAAAAGGAAAUGGGUGUUUUGAAAAGGUUUUUUUUGUUCUGUUUUUUAGUUUCAAGCAAUAAAAAAACGAUUUUCCACAGUGAUUCUCAAGUCACAGAUCCUGAGGUUUCCCACAAGCACCUGAACACACCAACAGGAAGAAGUUUUAAAACAAUCCCUAUCAUAGGUGAACAAGUACUCAAGUCUGCAAGCUGAUUUAAAAGGUAAAAUGUGUAACUUUUCCAU